GGCCUGAACGAUUUAAAUUUUAUCAAAGUGCUCGGCAAAGGAACAUUCGGGAAAGUGAUGUUGGCCGAAAAGAGGGGCACCGAAGAGGUGUAUGCUGUUAAAGUGCUGAAGAAGGAUUAUAUCGUCCAGAACAUUGGAAUCGAUUACAUUAUGACAGAAAAACACAUUCUGACCCUAGCUGCAGAACAUCCAUUCUUAACGGCUUUACACUCGUGCUUUCAAACAACAGAUCGCUUAUUUUUUGUCAUGGAAUAUGUCAGCGGCGGUAAUCUCAGGUUUCAAAUUCAACGUGCACGCAAAUUUGACAAAAAGCGUGCCGCAUUCUAUGCCGCCGAAGUUACAAUUGCACUACAAUUUCUGCAUCUUCACGGAGUUGUUUAUCGUGAUUUAAAAUUGGAUAAUAUUCUACUCGAUCAAGAGGGCCACUGCAAACUGGCCGAUUUUGGCUUGUGUAAGGAAGGAAUUAUUGAUGACAUUUUUGCAUCCACAUUUUGCGGUACACCUCAUUAUAUGGCACCGGAAAUUAUUCAAUUAUUAGAAUAUGGCUCAUCAGUGGAUUGGUGGGCACUUGGUGUGCUCAUAUAUGAAAUGAUGGCUGGUCAGCCACCAUUCCAAGCCGAUAGUAUAGAUGAUUUAUACGAAUCGAUUCUUCACGAUGACGUUCUCUAUCCAGUUUCGUUGAACCGCCAAGCGCUAUCAAUAAUGCGAGGUUUUAUGACGAAAAAUCUGGCACAUCGGUUGGGAUGCUCUGGAAAUGGAUCACAAAUCAGAGAUCAUCCGUUUUUCGAAGAUCUCGAUUGGGAAGCAUUGGAAUUGCGUCGUGUUAAACCACCAUUCCGGCCUAAAGUGAAAAGUCCAAAGGACACAUUCAAUAUUGAUGCGGUAUUCACAGAAGAGGAACCUAUGUUGACACCAGACGAUGUGAUUGGUGACAUCAAUCAAGACGAAUUCUUUGGAUUUUCAUUCGUUAACGAAGGUUUUGAUCCUGAACGAAAAAUUUGUUAA